AUGAAAGAGCUUUUAUUUCGACAUGCAGUGAGAUCAGUGACAAGCUCGCCUACUAACAGGGGUCUAGAUCCCAAUAAAAUUCGAUCGUUGCUUGCUAACUCUAACAAUCAUCUACAGAAACCACAUAGACCAGUAUCUGAGAAAUCAAAAACUAGGACACCUUCGCCGCCUAUAGAUGGUCCACAACUGAACAAGCACUUCGCGUACAAAAGUGAUAUCUCAGUCCCGGUGCUGACAAGCAUGGAUCGAGGAAAUGUAUCCAGAAUUAUGAACGACUCAGAAAUUAGGCUUGAUUGGAGCAUAUAUGACCUAAACAAAUUGCCAGGCGAAGAUAAAAGAGCAGCUGCCGAAGCGGGUUACGAAAAACCUCAUAUAGAUCACGAAAAUAAGGGCGAGCUUUUGCCUGAAGUUAUACUUUUGGGGAGAUGUAAUGUUGGAAAGUCAUCUUUGGUGAAUGCUCUAUUGAGCAACAAUAGACAAUCUGCAACAACAUACGCCAGGGUUAAACAAAGCGCAGGCUACACGCCAUGCUUGAACUUUUACAAUGUGGGAGGCUUGUUCAGACUUGUGGAUACUCCAGGGUAUGGUGUGAAGGGAAAACCAUGGCAAGGAGAGCUCACAAUGCAGUAUCUUGCUGAAAGGAGAGAACUCAAAAAUUGUUUCUUGAUUCUGAAUGGUGACCUUGGGAUCAACAAAUAUGACGAGUUGAUAUUAGAAGCAUUGGUUCAAAUGGGAGUCCAGUUUGACAUUAUAUUCAGCAAAAUUGACAAGAUCAAAAAUGGUUUGAGGAUUCAACAUUUUGAAGAACUGAUUUCUACAAGUAUACUCGAGGACCUCAUAAUGAAACCACGUAUGUACUUUGUGAACUCGAUUGAAAGUGAUUUAAAGCAACGCACAGGAAUAAAUGAGGUCAGGUAUGGGAUUCUGGAAUCGUGUGGCUAUAACGAUCUACAGACUCUAAAGCCGCGCAGAAGGAGAAAGAACGUCAACGAAACGACAGAGAAAAUAAAGGAGAAGAACGCAAGAAAGAGCCUGAAAGGACAUUUGAAAUCUAAUUUGCAACGUAACAUUCAUUAA